AUGUCAACAGAACAUGACACAGCAAGUACUACGCCAACACACGUCUGUUUAUAUCUUUCGCUACCACAUGUGUAAGCCCAAGAAGGCGCUGCACAUUGGAUCGGUAUCUGAGAGAAGCAAAAAGACAACAUGCAUCAUCCUCAAGGUUUUCCUGGGCUUCCUUGAGGAAACCAGGUUAUGGCGGUGUGCUGCCUCUGUCAGAAUAAGUCGCACUACGGCCGUCAAAUGAUACGCCAUAUGGUAGAGGUCUGUUUGAGGGUCUUAGUAAACGAGCCCUCAUAAACUGAAGUUCCUGAUUUAGAAGUGCAGGUGGAUGUGAUAGUAAUCAACAGAAGAAACAAGGAGGCACUAGUGGACGGUUGGCGAGCAGGAAAGCCCUGUUUGAUAAUUUGAGCGACGAAAGAUUGUAUUCAUUAACGGCUGCCAUAAAGAAGUAGGUAAUGCCGGACACCAUAACUCCAACUGGCGAGUGGAAGUUUUACGCACGCCUUCCGUCUGAAGGUUACCGACACAAGACUUAAUCUUUUCCGUAAAUUUUGUAGAUCCCACAACCGGCAGUCACACCGAUGGCACUGAGGCACAUUGGAGCAGACUUAUGCGAAAUAUGCACAACGGUGGGCCAGUGUACGUGAGGGCGGUGUGGGCUCAUUUUGAUGACAUACAAUACGGACUGUGGCUCGGCGUAAAGGUGGACAAUCUGGAUGAAGACUGGUACUCAACUCCGGGGACAUCCCUUCAAGUUACGUGUGCCACAGGGUAGACUGAAUGUGAGAAAAUAUUUCUUCUCCAACCGUGUAGUCGAACCGUGGAAUAACCUGCCCGAGACGGUUGUUAUGUCUCAAUUUGUGGAGACAUUUAAAUGUAGCCUUGACGAAUGUAUGCUGCAGCAACAAGCGGACUAUGUGACUUUUUAGCCAUGUGACUAGUGACAUAUGUGAAUCAAUGAAUGCAUUCAUUUAAUGCUGUAAUUUCUUCACAUUUUUGCUUGUUUAUCGAUUUUUUUAUGUACAAAUAGGGAGUUCAAAGGCGUAAGCCUAUUUCCCUCAAAUACACUGACUGACGGACUUACUGACUGACCUUCCUGCGCCAUAUCGCGGACGCGUGUCCGGUGGGCAUGGACACUACGGCAGAUAUAACGAGGAGCCCGCCGUGCCAAACAGAACCAUGAUUGGACGCCGCCAAAUGAGACAGUGAAGGGCAUUGGUGAGACCAGUGGGAUGCGAGCGGUGUCAUCCCAUGUAGAAACAACCCGAACGAGGGAUGGCUAUCCGGGACAAAGAAAGAGCCCUUGUAACAUUAUCCCUUCCACGAUUUGCGUCAACAAUAUUUAUGCUAAACUCUCUGUCUUGCAUUUUAUGCUGACUUACGCGCAAGGAAUGGGUAAGCGUGCCGCGGGUUCGGUUCGGUGGGUCGGCCAUUACUGGGAAAGCCGCACAAUGAAUAACACGUUUCCGCUGAGGCGGAAUUCGGGGGAGAGCGACGCGCAAAAAUGCGAACGCAGCUGGACCGAGCGCCGACAAACAUUAGGCAGCAAAGUAGCCCAACCUAAGCAAGUGAAACCUAUGAAACAGUACAGGAUUACUUAAGUGAUAACAGUAGGCAGAACAUAGGGUAUGAAACAAGGAGGGCCCAAGGGCUGCGCACUGAUAUGUCGCCUUGCCUAUUUAUCUAAGGGUUACAGGCGUGGUCAUUAAUGACCAUGCUAAUAUACUGCUGAAAUUGUAAAUAUAGUCCAAUACAGUCAGUGUGAAAUCUAAACAUCUUCAGUGCUUUAUUAGUCAUUUACAUCAAACGUGCAGUGGCGCGAUACACGAGCAAUGACGUAGGAGACUGAAGUUAGUUGUUAUCGGUAGACAACUCCUUUGCGUUGUUCGUCAAUAUGCAAACCAUUCAACUACAUCUUUAAAACAAGCAUGGGAUCACAAGCCACGACUGCGCUUAGGGGUGAGUUCAGCUUUCGAACUACCGGACGGCUAAAGAAACUGUGUUCUCAUAGUAGGAGCUAUGUCAAACGUCGAAAAUUUUAUAUGAGAAACCUUAGUUCAAUUAAGGCAUUACAACCUGAGCGAAAGUGAAUGAAUAAUUGGACAUGUUCAACAUCUAUGAAAGUUAGUAAUUUUCAAACUGACACUGCCUCCAAAACAAGUAAUUUUAAUGGGACCGAAAAUUUUCGUCCAAGGAUAGAUCUUAAAAAAUCUUGCAAGAAAGAGAGUAUGGUCAGAAAUAGGUAACCUUAGCAGCCUGCCUAACGACAAUGGUGGUAAGAGAGGCUAUACGCUGAGACCAUCGGACACACGGAAGAGGAGAUGGAGAGAGCAGAUGAGAAAAUUCAUUGAAACCUUUCGAAUGCGCGUAGAGGUAAACGGCAAGUAAGCACAAAAAUUCGAACGAGUAAAUAAAAACUAUAGUCAGGGAAAUUCAGGCAACUGAAUAGGCCGUCGCCAUUUAAAUAACUGAAGCUGAGGUUCCAAGCAAAAUAGCAGCCAAUGAUAAUUGGCCGCAGACCGUAAGCGACAUGUAAAUAACGCAGAUUGAAAGCUAUGUUGGAGACACAUUAGCAGACAAAAAUUUACAAAAAUGCAAAACACAGAUCGAGAAGAAAGUUUCACAAGGUAGGCUAAAGGCUGGUAAGAAAGAGGCAAAAGAAAAGUCAAGUCUAACAAUGUAAAUAGGCAUGGCUUGUAAAAAGAUAUGUAGGUCUAUGUAUUGGAAGUACGUCGUGGUAUAUAACGUAGAUUUCAGAACGAAAACAAAUUCACAACUGGAAUACAAAUGCACAGAAAGCCAGUUUGUCAAUGUGGAUUAAAACAUCAGUAUCUGUAAGUAGGUGGUCGUUCCACUAGAAAGAAAUAGCAGUUAAUCAGGAAUGGGCGCACACCGAUCUAUUGGCUUCACGAAGCAAACAAGCUACGUAUGGGUGGCAAAGGCCACGAACAGGCAAUCAAUUACCAGGCCGAGGUCGGCCAAUUCAUAAUAUCAGCGAGGAGGGACGACAGAGGUUGGGGGUAGAUUGAUACAGUACUGUUUUGGGAUUAUUGUGCUUUCAUUCAGUCAGUCAUAGCCCUGACCAACAACUGGGACCAGAAACACAAAUAUGCUCACAGACGCACCUGGCGCAGUUGGUCCACCACUGGGGUCUACCAGAUGAGUCAUAAGCACUUCAUCAAACCGAAGUUCAUCAGUGCCUCGCCAUCUUUCAUUCUCAGUCGCUGCAGAUCGGACAGUUAUUCAAUCAGGAAUGGACGCACACCGUGUUUUUGUUUCUGGUACCAGGUGUUGGUCAGGAUUAUGAUUGGCUGAAUGAAGGCACAGUAAGCCCGAAACAGUACUGUAUCAAUCUGCCCGCAUCCUUCGUCGUCCCUCCUCGUUGCCAAAUAGCAGUUAACUACAAACCAAUCCUUUUUUAAACGCAGACUGUGGCCAAAACAAACUGUCUGUUUAAAUGUCUUCCUUUAAGCUGCCGAUCAUUCUACCUUGACAGGAACAGCAAUGACUUUGAGAAAUCGGAUGGUCGCUAAUUCCUGACUAGCUGAGUCAGAACUGUUCCUAGCCGUUCACUAAGCAGCCCACUCUGCCGAAAUUCUAAAGAUCGCAUUUCUACCCCGCCCCAAGGCAAGAAUGUUACUGCUUUGGAAAUUCUCUACAUGCUGCAGCCAUAACUGCCAACAGGAAUUCCCACUUAAUUGAUUUGUAGCGAGCAGCCACCAUGACCGGUCUGGCGUCAUUGUUCAAGACCCCACUGUCUCAAGGUCGUCCACCCUUUUGCUGUGAGCCGCUCCAGACGCGCUGACCUGAAGCCACCCGAUCGACUUCAGCUCGAACACAAUUGCGUUCCCACAGCCUCGUGGCCACCCAUGUGCCACUGGAACGCACCUCCUCACUACAACCAGCAAAACAAGCCACAUGGACACCACCCAUCGGCAAAUGCGAUACACACUGAUUGGACACCACUUGAGCUUGGCCCACGAGCCCACAAAAGCGGCUGACACCCCUUUCUAGAGACUCUCAGGCCUGACUGGAUGCACUCAACACCAGCUCUGGCUUCGUCAGUGGCCACUGCCACCUGCGGGGUUCUUUGCACAAUAAACCUCUCAUUCUGAUGCCUUUCGUCUUCUCCUUGAAACAUGGUAUUUGGGCUGACGAUAGUAGCGCUCUGAGUACAGACAUACUCACUCACACCACUUGGGCACAACAGAUUCUUGGAACAUACGCGUUUAAUUGGGCCGACGACAAUCUAAUUUCUCAAUCACUUUUUGAAAAUGUCAGAAAAGUGAAAUGAGAAAUGAACAAACGGUGAGAGCCGAAGGAGUGAUUGUGUGUCCAAAAGACUCAUUGCUACGUGAGGACAUCAUUGAUUGUCCAGAGGAAGACCAACUCGACGCCUAAUCCUACUGGUAGACUAGCUUCACCCCACUGAGACUAAAUGAAAUCGUAGGACAGUUAAAUUUUCGAAUCUUGGUGCUUCUGCAACCGCUGACUUGUCCAGUAGGAUGUGGUUCAGGAUAUCGACGGCGUAAAGAAAGGACCUUCUUGAACCUUCCCCUCGGAAGCUUUGGACGCUGUGAACCAAAUGAAAAAGAUCAUCACGAUCGUAGAGGAAAAGGCGUCGGAUCUUUUUUUCAAUCUCCUGUUGUUACUUUCAACCUUAAUUGGCAUUUAAGAAUGACAAAAUAAUCACUUUCAGUCUCCUAUACCAACGCUGGCUUAAAAUGCCUCUUCUUCCACUCCUUCAGCCAGUUAAUUAACAUCGCAUAAGCUUUUUGCCCUUAAAAUAGGCAACGUGCUGUUACGUCCCGAUGUCUUAGGAUUCCUCCAAGCAGACCACUGCGGUUUCAGGGGCUCUGGGGUGAGACUAUGUCAAAGGUCUUUCUAAAAAAGUCAAUAACUUGACAUCGUCGGAUAAAACCCAUCUGAAAUUUGAAUACUUCAGUUCUUGCAUAAACUUUAUGACGUCAUACGGAAGUUUACCAACGGUAUCUAGGCGCGAUUAGUUUAACUGGACUCUGAAAAAAGGGAUGUCUGUUUUUAUAACGCGGAUUAUUAUGUCGUUUCGAUCCGCUGUUGUAGGUUAGAUUUAUAGCAUUUGGGACAGUUACAUAAGGGCGAAAUUCAACAAAACAGUUGUUUACGAGCAAAAAUUGGGACGAAAUUUCCACAUUGGUCUCACGUGCUAGUCAGGCAACAAACUCAGGCUUUUUUGGGCGUCAUCAGUCUCACCCGAGGACGUGUAGUAACCCUACUUCGUAUACUAACCGUAACAAUUCUCCUCUGGCGCGUACUUGCGUGCAAGUACCAGCGGCAGCCUGCUUGUCAACCAAUCACAGCUAUCGGAGCUGGUCAACCAACCCCAAGGUCGAUGUGUCAUGCUCUCGCUCGAGACGCUGUGACACCAACCCCAGUAGCACUUGGGCUCUUAUUCUGGCGACGCCACUUACGUUAUCGCGUUCGGCUGGCAAAUGCUCCGACCUAUCCUCAGUUAGUCCUGGCAGAAUACAGUGCUCUCGCAAUUGGUAUCAUUGUGGUUAGCGUCUGCUCAUGGCUCUAGCUAUCACGCAGACGCAUUCAGUUUAGUGCGCUUGACUUCUAAUCUGAGGUCCUAAGGUCUGGUUUUGAGCUAAGACUAACUGCUACUGGUAAGCACGCCUGAGGCGUCAGGCAAAGUCCCGUCUCUCCCCAUUGGUAAACCACUCCACUACUGGUCAGGCGGCGCUGUUUAACAGCCCUGCGAAGCCGCUCCGGUGAUUCCGUCAUAGGAAAUGGGAAAACCCUUUCUCCAUCCUAAAAUGUGCUUAGAUCAUUGAGCAUUUCCUCCAUGUAAUCAACCAAUUACCAAUUCUACUGCGAAACGAAAAUAUGCGGGAUUAUACCAGACUGACCUUUUUGAAAUGAGACGAAAAGUGAUGUGUUGCAUUCUAACCACGCUCGGGAUCAGUAGCACAACCGAUCUGACCUUCCGAUGGUAGAACACUUUACUCGGUCACUAUGCUACGUGAGCAAGACAGCUCCGGGAAAAUACUCUUCAUUUCAAUCGACUAAGCAUGUCCGGGAUCAGAGAUGCUUUUGGGCGGUGCCGUACAUUAAUACAGUAGGUGUGUCGUUAAGUACUACGAUAAUAACAACACCAUUCCCGGAUUAUUCGGCGCCUUCAACUGAUCUUUGAUUUUAGCUGGAUUUAAUGGCUUUUGGAAGAACAGGAAAACGAGCCCGUGGCUCAGUGGUUAGAGGCAUUGGACUCCCAGUGGACCGAAUCCCAGUGGUUACGAGGCUCGGCGGUUGAAUAUACCUGGCUGCCGGCAACUAAUAAGCCAGGAAUAGCAAUUCCAGUCUCCCUUGUCUUCGUCGAUACUGCUGUUCUACUCUACUCAAAGUCCGAGCCCACAGACGUUCAAUAGGGCCUGAAAAACAAAGAUCGCAAAAAGAGGAGGUAUGCCAUGGAGGGAGUGAAUCUGCGACUUGACUUUCAGGCCAUAAGUCCUAGUACUCAUUAUCAGCUACAUGCGUAGUACAUCGCAGUUUUUGAAAAAAAGGCUAUCCACAAGUCAGAAAUAUACAUAUAUCGUGACUGGCGUUUUAACCUCUGUCAUGCAGGAACGCCUCGAAAUGAGAUUCGCUAUGUAAUUUUCGAAGAUAGAACUCUAACUCACAGAAUUCCGUCCUUCCAUAAGUGUCAAAAACGGAAUUUCUAGCAUAAACAGGCAUCCUUUUGCUCAAAUUCCCUGCUUGUCAAGAAAAAUAAGCAAAUGAUUUUAUGAAGAAUAUUUUUGGCGUAACAAGCAAGGCAACAAUUAUUGAAAUUGGACGGUGGGCGCCUGCUCUGAAAUUCAUUAGUCCCCCAUCUAUCAUAUUUCUACAAUAGUCGCAAACCCUCGUGCCUACAGGGUUUUCCAACCUGAUGCAUGGAAUUAAGAUAGCAGAAAGUAUGCGUUUUCUUAGCGUUAUCCUUAUUUUUACUAUGCGACCCCACUGACCACAAUAACCCUCUGAUGAGCUCUCUUCUACUCUUGUUUUCAUUAUUACCUUAUUUUAGCUAAGCUAGUGAGGUAGCCGUCGUUUCAGAAAAUAUGCAGACAUAAUUCUGUCUAUUACUAGAGUUUCAAAGAUAACAGCAGUCGAUUAAGUCUUAGAAUUCCUUGAGGAACAGAAAAAAUAUAACAUGUACGAAAGUAUUAGUUGCGCACUCGGUUAUGGAAGGAAAAUGAUCACUUGUUGGAGAUGAUUAAACCGAAUUGGUGUACAGACUGGGAAGUAAACUACUGUGGUCAUUCUGAUUGGAGAACUUCAUAUGCCAUAACCACCUCUUGCGUCCACCUUUGUAGACCCAAACAAGAUAAACUUUAAACCGAAAAUCUCCCUGUUCGCGAACUUUACGCCACUGACUGCAGCUAUUUUAUUUUCCUCAUUCAAGUGGACUGCCACAAUCAUCAUCCCUUUCUGAGACUUCCAACAGGUCUAAAAGCAAACAUACCAGACAGUAUUAUUUUUGGACUUCCAAAUAAUUUGAAGCCACGUUUGCACUCUUACCGAGGUUUCAAGAACCGUAUCAAAGUGGUAAAAGGGCGACCUUAGACAACCUGUCGGUACUAGUAAUUCAUAACGCUGAUGUGUAAGACUUGUAGACUGUUCAACUUCCUAACGCCUGCCUUAACCCUAGAUGCGAAUACUUAUGGCAGAAGGUAUUUAUGCGUGAGCUGCAGGGCGUUGUCCACGCAAUAGGUGAACGCUUAAAAUCUCUCUUCAUGCCAACUACUGAAGUCAAUUCACUAGCGUGUUUAUUUCAGAAUUUAAUGUUCUCGAAAAAGCCCAUUCUUGAAACAGAACAUUGGCUGAAUAACUGAAUCAGGGCUGAUUAGAAAUAGUCGGAUAACCGAAAGUCAGCGGGACCGAGUGCAUUUGACUAGCUGCUGUCAACAAUGCCUUUGCUCUACUAGCCUAGCCACUCGCUGACUUAAAAAGAGAAGGUAAAGGCAUACGGAAAGGGUACCUACCGCGGGCUAGAUUAGAAGAGAAGGUGAGGGCAUGUUAAACGGUGCAGGCAACUAGAGGAAUUGGAUCAGACUAUUAACCGGAAGGCGAAAGAGACCAAGUGCAUUGGACAAGUUGGUAUCAAGUCGGUUGUACCUAGCCUAGCCACUGGCUGGAUUAAAAAGAAGGUGAAAUCAUGCAGAAAGAGGCCUAGCUAAGGCUUUAUUAGAAGAGAAGGUGAGGGCGAGCGGAACGGAGCAAGCAACUCGAGGAAAAGAAGGGACGGCAAGCCGAAAGUCAGAGGAACCAAUGGCAUUGCGCAAGUUGGCGUCAACUGUGACUUUGUGUACCUAACAUAGCCGCUCACUGGAUGAAAGAAGGAGAAGAAAAAGGCACACAGAAAGGGGACCAUGCCAGUAGUUGGAUCAGAAAAAGGGAUUGUGUCUCCUUUGAGGAUAGAGUAUGCAGAACUGCCCAAAAACCAGGCAGGAUAACGAAAGAAGAAGAGCACUUGCAGGUCGGGCACGACAACGCACAAGUACACAAUAUCAACUUAAUCACGCCUACUCAAAACAAAUCAGUAGCUCAACAGUAUUAUGGUCACAGAGUGCGACUACAGGAGCGGAUCCUAACAUAUAAUGUUUUACAAAGGCAUACGUAUAUAUUAAAUCACAAACUUCAUUCCCGGCGCGCCUGGUUAUGACCGAGUUUUGAAAAGUUUCCUGCGGUAAUUGAAUGAAGUUUCUUGAACUGUACCGAAACUGUCCACCAAGGCCGACUUAGCCUGCUGUCAGGCAGAGGUGUUUGAAAUAAAUCCACAAUCAAUAGUCGUUAAAAUCGAUCUUUGACGAAACUGGAGAUGUCACAUAAACCGUUGUCUUUCUAUAAUUCGCUUCUUAGAACCCACAACUCAGGUUUUGGAUUUCGGAAAUAAUCAGCUGCUAUCUCGGACAGGCCACUCUGUCCAAUCGUAACGCGUACGCCAUAAAAGACAAUAUAGUGAUUCAGCUACGCGCCUCCGAGAAACAAAAAACCCUGAUCACUUUUAGAGACUAAUUAAAAUAAUAAGUCGACUCUUACAGGCCGUCCGAACACAGGUUCAUUGUUUGGACAAUAGAAAAAAGCAAGCUUCCGUUAUCCAACAUCUGCGCCAACCCUUCCUCUAAAUACAUUCAGUCAUAAUUAGGCCGAAUAAACGCUAAUCAUAAGGUCUCCCCAUGUGAUUUCAAAUUCAGGCCCUGGGAACAGACGCGCCGCAUGCAUGUUAAUGUUGGGAAACGUUCAAAUCCUGCCUGCUAGCAGCACUCAGUUAUGCAGGGGUUAAAAAAGACCACAUGAACAAAAGUGAUAUCUUGUUGUUCUAGUGAACACAUUUCUCAGGCUUGAACUUUGAGACCUGUUGUUGUUAGUAGUUUUUUUGGUGGUCAGAUCUUGCCCCACAAUUUUGUUUGCUGUUAUGCUAAUAGGAACCACCGCGUUUUUUAUCCAAGUCCUAAGCAUGUGUUACUUGGGCGGGAGUGAGGUUCGCAAGACCUGAACUGUGCAUUCACAGUGUUAGCUGUCUCUACUCGACUUGGAUUGAUCUGAAUGCGCGAAUCGGGUACUGAAACACAGAAUGGCAACACCUAUGUACACAAGUGCGACGUUCGCUUGCUUUGAAUGUUGGCUGGAGUAUGGACUUUCACGUUUGAUGUACGCAACUUCAACAGUCGGCCGGCAGAGAAAGCUCGCACUGGAUUGAAGAAGGAGCCACGAUCGCUGAAACAAGAGCUUUACUGGCCCGACGUUUCAGAUUCCUGCUCGAACCCAUCAUCAGACUGGAUUGGCUAUAUGUUAGUCAUUUGUACUUUCACUUACAGUAGGUGGGCUAACUCAUGAAAUGUCAACCGAAAUUCUGAAACGCGUUUUCAUUUCGAAAAGAUUAAUUAAGUAGAGUUGGAGAGCUUAUCAUCACGCAGCAUAAUUCUACAAUAAUUCAGUUUUGCCAGGAUGCCAGCUUUCGAACGAACUUCCUUCCGGUAGCAUGCAAAACUAUACUCUGUCAACAAUUACUACUUAAAUAGCAUGCAUUUUUCUCAUGGCCCUUACAAAUUUAACUAUAUUUCAUGGAAAUCAUGUAUGAAAAUAUUCCUUCUUUUACCCGUAUGUUAGAAAAUUACGUCCUCUUCCAAUUUUAUACUUAAAAGAAGGGUACAAUUCGGUUUUCAAAAGCUUUUCCAAUUCCCAAAUUAUUUUGAACCCGACCUGCAGUUACAAUCACAUUCAGGGUCUCCAAACUACAAGCCGUAUAUUUUCAGUGUACAGAAAACCAUACGUUUCUCUACGCUAUUAAAUGGAAACCAUAUGAGGCUCACAAAAUUCAGCAGUUAAUAUGAGCCAUGUUGUUAACUUUACGACCCGCAUUGGUAAACGCAGAGGCAUGACGUUUUAUGAACGACGAUUUUACGGUAUUAGAAAAUCUCACAAUUAGAAACUUUUCAAAAACCAAAUUAUACCCUUCUUCUGAGAAUAAAAUUGGAAGAAGACGUACUUUUCUACUGAGUGGGUAAAAGAAUGAAUAUUUUUAUGUAGGAUUUCCAUGAAAUAUAGUUAAAUGUUUAAGGGCAAUGUGAAAAAUACAUGCUACUUAAGUGGUCAUUUUUCACAAAGUGUGGUUUUUGCAUGCAGCCGGAAAGAAGUUCGUUCAAAAGCUGGAAUCCUGUGGUAGCUGAAUUAUUAUAGAAUUAUUCUGCGUGAUGAUUAGUUCUCCAAAUCUACUUAAUUAAUCUUUUCGAAAGGAAAACGCACUUCAGAAUUUCGGUUGACAUUUCAUGAGUUGGUCCACCUACUGUAGCGAUGACACGGUGCUGGAUUCAAAGUCGGUAGGACCCACCAGGAUUCCGUGGUCCAGCAUUUGGUUUUGGUUGGGGGCAAACACAUCGAAAAUGACCGCCAAUACCCUGUCUGAUUUGUGUUCAAUGUACCUUCCCUGUUGGCACAUGUCGCCGUUCUAAAGGGUGGCCCAAACUCGAAAGGACGGGUCCAUGGUUUUUUGGAGCAAAUGAUUAGUAGUAGUGUGUAUUUUCGCAGUACAUGUGGAGUUGGAAUGUUCAUCACAUAGAUCACAUGGUAGAAGCAGUCGAAUAGGUGAAUACUUCUCGUUAUCUGUUUUCAGAGGAAUGGGAUGGACUGGACCACCCUUUGAAAGCCUAGCCAUUGGCGACACCGUCUAAUCCCCCCACCCCCGUCUAUACGACGAAGCCUACGGAAGGGAGUUCAUUCCGUGGCCCAGAUCAUCCCGAUCCUUUGAGAAGAGAUGACGGGAAGUAGUUUGCUCCUAUGACUGUUUCCACAGGUUGAUCUACUUAAGAGGCGUAUAAGCGCUAUCUGUACUGUCAAAACGUGUAGCAAAUAUAAAAAAACGGACGACCACUGGGACUGGGCUACAGUCUACUCUGUCCAGUUUUGCCUAGUCCCUAGGACGAGGACAUGUGUUUGAAAGGUCUUGAUGACUACCUACAGGUCCUUCUGUGACGGCCUUUGGAGACUCCAAACAAAAUCCCCAGGCGAAUCAAAACGCUUAUAUUAUAUUAUUAUAUUAUAUCAAACCAGGUGAGAUGAAGACUGUCAAUCCUCACGAUGCUGGGAUCUUCGUGCAGGUGGCCUUUUUUCCGGAGCUAGAGUUGCCUGCUCUGAUGGCAUUUGAGACAGAAAUAUUCAAAAUCGUUUUCCGUCUCUUGUUUGUAUAUUCAUUGAGUACUAUCUAAAGACUUUGCUUGUACUUGUUUUUACAGAUCAUGCCUUGACUGGCCUCAUCUGCGAUUUCCGACUUCUCCAUCGGCUUUUGCACGCCUUUUGACAAUUUAUCUCUUCCCCUGAGUUAUUUAGGGCGCAAUUGUAAAUAAUAUUUUAGAAAGGUGAGUAACGCAAAGAUGUCAUGGGCAAGGAUUAAGUAUAUGCGCGGGAUGGGAAACUUCCAAUUACCGUUUAAUAAAUUCGGCAGCGCAUUCACACUCCUGCAUUCCAUCUACCGAGUACUUUUAUACUCCCUGACUGCUCCCCGCGCCGAAGUACUUUUAAAAUUAAGCUUUCCUCUUGCUAAAUAUUUACGUGUGGGGGUUGCAGAACAAUGACGGAUGCAGGCAUUUCAGCAGUACGGGCUUCUCGGGGCCGGUACAGGCCAGCGAAUGUCAUCCUACUGACGAAGGGUGGACCAACAACUUGAAAAAUAUAGCAGGCGGUUCUCCACAGCUUGUCCUUACCCCGUGCAUAUAGUUAAUCCUUAUCAAGUUAUGCUAUUGUUUUUCCUCGCCAAUCCAACCAGGAGUUCGAACUCGGAUAUCUACAUCGUGUGGUACAUCGUGGGACAUCGUGUGGACCCCAAUGAAGCUUUUCGUGUGAUUUAUAAGGUCCCAUCGAACUAUCUUAAACCACUGGGACAGCGCCCGUUAGCAACAGCAGAGGGGGCCGCCAUCAGGUUGCGAAAACCAAUCUUGUGCGCACAGAAGAAGCACGUUCAGGCUCCGCGCCUACAGUGGUCGAAGGUCGACUAA